AUGAGUGAUUCGGGAAUAUCUAGAUGCCUUAAAUCAAUGGGAUGGAGCAGGAAAAGGAUUGGAAAAGAACCCGAUAGACGGAAUUCUCCAGAUGUUAUAAAUAUUCGUAAAGAAUAUUGCCUAAAUAUGAUGAACGUGCCAUUUCAAAAUAUAUUCUAUUUAGAUGAAACAGGCUUCAAUUCCCACGUCAUUUCCCACUGUAGAUGGGCACCUCUGGGAAAGAGGCCAUCCGUCAAACUCCCUUCAAAGGGGAAAAAAGUAUCGGUUUUAUGCACCAUAGGAAUUAAUGGUUUCAAAAAAUACAUGGUUAUAGACAGGGCAUUUACAUCAAUAAAAUUCAAAACUUAUCUGGAUGAAUUAUCAUACAUUUUACCGUUGAAUUCGCUACUAAUAAUGGAUAAUGCGCCCAUUUACCGAGCUCAUAUAAUAACAGAAAACUAUCAAAAUAUAGUAUAUCUUCCACCCUAUUCCCCUCAAUUAAACCCCAUUGAGAAUUUUUUUGCCGUUUUGAAAAAUCAGUAUCGUUCUAUAUAUCCCAAACCCAAUAACAGAAUUCAUAUAAUUGAGGCAAUUACUAGCCUAUUACUUAAUUUCACUAAUUUCAAUUUCACAGCCUUCUAUUCACAUAGAUAUGAUAUAUAG